CCGACGCCACUGCGGCCGCCGCAACGGCACUACCACCAGUCGGCAGUCGGCAGUCGCCCGUCAGCCGUCAACCGAGUAACACGUGUGUGUGUGCGUGUUGUUCACCGCGCCGGACGCAGCUCGUCGCGAGUUGUGUACGUUAUUACAAUAUUAUUAUUAUUGCUACUGCGUUCGUUCGUUCGUUCGUUAUUAUUUUUUUAUUUUUCGUUACAUUUUAGAAAGACAAAGUGUCGGUUUCUUUUUUCACUGACGCCGUUAAUUUUUUUUUUUCUCAACCAGUGCGCGCCGAUACAGUUAUACCUUCUUCAUGGGACUGGUCAAAAAAAUGGAAUGGCUAAAGUGGAUACGAAAAUAUUCUACAGGUAUCCUGGAUUCGAAAACUGGUAGCAUGGAAACGUUAAUUGAUUCGGCCAGUUCGAAAACCAUCAAUUACGCUUAUACCUCCUCGGUAAUUGCUGACGAUGAAUUCAUUAGCGCCGCCGCACCCCCACACCAGCGUCCGAUGUUGCCGCCGCCACCACCUAGUUCACAAGCUUCGCCAUCGCCGCCACAGCAACCUAGCGACGUAUACGACUGCUGCGUGUCGCUAGACGGAAUACCCAUUAAACACGAGUUUCAGUACACCUUCUCUGACACCGACGGUCAUGGAAAAAUCACCAAACACGAUGUUGAAGGAUUAGCUACGAAAAUACUAGAAUCUAUGUAUGGUACGACGUUGAAAUUCUCGUCUCGCGGCAAACGAACAGUCAAAGUGACGCUUAACAUCAGACAAUCGAUGGCGGUAGUCGUGGACGGCACAACGACCGGUACACCAUACCGAGGCCGCCAUAGCAGCCGCGAGCGCAAGACCAAGUCGUCGGCGGAGAAACAUCGCAGCAGAACGGAGGCCGCCGAAUACGGAGUGUUCGACGAUGCAACACUGUUGGAGCAAUCGGAAUAUCCUUCGAUUUACGACGGUGUCAAAGGGUCUUGGCUGCCGCAUCACAGGAGUGCUAAACUAGGCGCACAGCGGUACCGGCGUGAACAAUUGAUCGAAAUGGUGCAAAGGAGUCUGGCGGAAAACUUGAGUUUUCAAAAUCAAAGAAAAUCCAAUAAGCCCGCGGAGGUCGUUUACCACAGGCCGCGGACGAAGCGUCGCCAGACCGGAGCCCAGCCGGCCAAGGUGGCGUGGAGCCCGUACGACUUCGAACCGGUCGCACACAUCCCUUCGCACCAACAUCAACACCACCACCAGCAGCACCGACAGUACGAGCACCUCAAGAAUGUCAGAAGCCAUCAGCAGCAGUUGUACAGUAACGGUGUGGCGGCCGAAGAGCACGCGGUCAAGUAUUCGUCGGGUGGUCACUCCCGGCACCACCACCGAGCCGCCGCGGUAGUCAGCGGCAGCAACCUUCAACAGUCGAAGGACUCGGCAGCGGCGGCCACCACCACCACCGCUGCAGCCACGGCCGCCGCCCAGGAGCAGACCAAAAACAUCGACCAUCAGCGUUACAAACGCGCCAAAUUGGCGUCCAAGAAGAUCCAUCAUCACAUACACGAACACCAUCAUUAUCAUCACUACGACUAUUACAUCGUUUAGAUGUAAGAGAAUAAAGAAGAGAGAGAGAGAAAUAAAAAUACAACAACUGCAAAUAGAACUGUUUAAUUCCUUUUCAUCGUGUAAAUUGUCCCAAUAUUAUUAGGUAUAUGUAUGUAUACACAUUGCGUUUUCGUGUUUUCGCGAGCAUGUAUUAAGCGCUGCACAAGACCGACCGGGUCGGCGACGUCGACGGAAAGCUUUUUUUCCCGCAACACUGUAUAGAUUCCUUUUUUCCCUAUCCAAUCGUCAUCCAAUCACGACAAUACAAACAUAUCCAUUAAAACAUUCACGUUCGGUUGUACGUCCUGCUCGUCUGCGUGUGUGUAUAUACAUAUUAUUAUAUACACGCACAGUGCCAACUAUAAUUUAUUAUUAUUAUUAUUAUUUUUUUUUAUUAUUAUUAUUAUUAUUAUUAUUAUAUUAUUUUUUUUUAACGCAUUUGUUUGAUAUGCGCCUAUAAUAUAAGGAUUUCGAUUGUGAUAUAUGUGCGCAGUAAAGUUUGAUGUCAAAUAUUAUUAUAAUAAUAUGUUCGGUGAUCUGUGCGAACGAGGAUUUUUUACCGUUAGCAUUUUACUAAUUUCCCUCCACAAAACAAACCAAACAUCUCGUAAUCAAACUUUGAGCCACAUAUACACAAUUAUCUGAAGUAUUUAUGAAUGUGUUUAACAGCCCAAGUUCCUCUUUUUUGUAUGUGUACUAUUUUUAUUGUAUUUUUUUUUUUUCAUAAGAUAAUAUAAGUUUUUAAACGACAUUGAUUGUAAGAACGUCAAAUUAAUAUUAUGCGAACAAAGACUAAACAUUUCUUUUCAUAUACUGUAGUACAAUACCCGCCGUCGCUGCAACACCUGCCGAAGUGCUGCAGUUUUUUUUAUUAUUUUUUUUUUUUUAAACUAUUAACGUCUAACUAUUAUAAUAUAUUAUUAUUGUGUAUAGGUAUGCUAUAAUAUGAUAUUAUUCCGAGAAUAAUAUUAUUCACUGGCUGUGCACUCGCUGGAAUUUGAUACUGCUAAUAUACGAAUUGUAAAAAAAAACAUACGAAAUUUUAAUUUGACUUGUGUAAAUUACGACCGUCAUUUAUAUUAUAGUGUUCACUGUUCAACCAAAAUAUUAUAAAAAAAAAAAUAAAAUCCGACAAACAAGAAAA